AUGGUUCGCAAGUCUCGAGACGCCAAGUUUGCGCGCUUGUUCGUCAUGAUGAUGUUAGGAGUGACUUUGAGUUGCUUCAUUUGGGAAGGGAGCGCUGACGGAGAGUGUGGGAGGAUCCCGAUCAAUACCGCGUUCGCUGGCCUGAGUCCUUGCAUGGUGGCAGGUAGAAACGCCCAGGCUAAAGUCCCACCCGCCUGCUGUGAUAGAGUCAAAUCGCUCAUGCAGAUCAAUCCUCGCUGCCUCGACGUUGUCUUUCACUCUCCUGCAGCGAGGUUUGCCGGGAUCGUUCCAGCCGCGGCUAUGUCGAUCCCCAAGAGGUGCAACAUUAGGAACGGGCCCGCCAGAAGGAAUGCUUAA